AUGCGAGGAGCCACUUUCGUCAUUGUGCAAAAGCUCUUUCCAGAAGAGAGGUAUUUACUUAAGGCCAAAAUCUUCACUACCUUAACAUUUAUAUGGAUAGGAUAUCAUCGACUUGGAACUGAUCAAACGCUGACAUUUUACAAGUAUUCUUAAAAUUUAUUGGUGAUUAAUUGCGUUGUAAGUUAGUCUCCUACAACAAACAUUCUCCUAUUACUUAAAUCAAGGUAUGAAUCAGCUUUCAAGACUACGUGCACAUCCAGAUUUUUCCGGCCACGACUAAUAGCAUUAUCAGCGAGACCUUUUUUGUUGCUUGCAGUUCGUCUGAAGAUGGCCAAGAGUGUAAUGCGCGACACGUGUUUUCAAUCCAUCCAGUAUCAAUUGCCUUACUCAGCCUUCUGACCGUUUUAUUAUUUCAGUCUUUAAACGCAAUAUACGUGGGAAAUGAUUAGUGAAGUAAAAGUGAAAGAGAAAAUUAUUUUCUUUAAUAAAACUUGCAUGGAAAACGAAAAUUUCCGAAUUGAAGAAAUUUCUUCGCCUGUUCCAAAUACUUCGAUCGUUUGUAUCAACAGUUUGAUAUCACUGCUAUUCUUGGUCUUAAUGUUUUAGAAAUAACCUCUCUCUUGAUUUGAUUAGCGUAUGUUUGUCCACCAGAGCAGCAGUUAAGUUACAUUUACUUAAACAAAAACAUAGAAAACAAGUUUUAAAUUACACGGCACGAAAAAGUUCUGCACCGACAACACUGAAGGAUCCAUUAUAUGUUGAAUCAAGGCACCGGCCUAUAAAAGCUGUUUAGAGUUUAGACUGUGCUAAAACCGUUGCAAAAAAUUAUCAUUGAUAUUUGUUUGUUCCUUUUUGCUAAUUAAUCUUUUUAUUUGUUGGCUUAUGAUCUGUAGUUAUAAAUUGAGAUUGGCUUGUUGUUACAGCGUUGAAAGUAAAUGCCACUUCAAAGAGUGAUGAAACAAGACAGGGAGUGGUGAUCUCUUAGUAGAAUCACGGAGCAAUCAUAACAGCAGUGUACGGGACAAGUGUAUUCUAUGAAGAGAAUAUGGUUUUUUCAUGUUCUCUUGGUUUUGUUUUUGUCUGUUUUGUUUUGUUUUGUUUGUUUUUUUUUAAAUAAUAGAUAUUGCAUCGGUUUAGCCGCUUCCUUUUUAUAUUUAAAUUUACGAUGAACAGUUACUUAUAAAGUGUACACACAAAUUCACUCCGUAAGCAAAUUCUAUUCAUUUCUGUUUAUACUUUUGAGCUCAUUUUAUUAGCCAUGCAAGAAAUCCUCUGACCAAGCCUGUUGGCGGCCUCGUCCUUUUUUGUCGAUAUGAUUUGAACGCUAAUAGAAAUAAUAUUCAGCCUUCUUUGCCUCGCGCUCGUCAAUAGCAUUUAAUAUUUUAGUUAGAGACAAAGAGUGCAUUUGUGAGUAAAAAGUAACAAACUCUGCGCUGCUAAGAAGAGGUUCUUUUCCCUCUAUUCGUCUUAAAGGCUUUCGAUUCUCACUCUGAUAAAAGAAAAAAUAAUGGUGAUAUUUUAAAAAAGUAUAUAUAUUUUCGUCCAAGAAGUUUCCAGAUGAUGCAAUCUCAAGUUUUAGGAUUAGACACUCAUAUCUAAAUUUGUUGAGACUUCAGCACUCUUGUUCUAUUGUAAGUGAUUGCUAUGUUUCGCGUUUCCUUUUUGAUUAAAAUAGACGAAAGAACUGGCAAUGCUGUUAGUCCCAGUGGGGAGGGUCAAUGCUUAAAAAAAAGGUCUGAGUUCAAUAAAGAUGGCACUGCCUGUCUUAAUGCUUGACAGAUUAGCCUGGAAGGUCCCAUAAAUAUAGAUUACAUUAGUCAAAUUAUAGUUUACCAUGAUAGAGUUCAUCGCAUUACUCAGCCAUUAAAUUUUCGACAUCUCCUCUAAAAGCGGAAGGCGUGGGCCGAAUAAAAAGCAGUGAUAAAAUAAAUUCGGUCCAGACACUUUUCUGGUAUUUAUCUUGAGAGUGACUUCCUGUGCGCAAUUUCUAUUUUUUCUACUUUUAUAAAUUUAUUGUUAAAACAAGAAAAAUGUGUUAGUGGAGGUAGAUUGAGUGAAAUAUCUAAGUGUCUUUUUUCUGCAGAUAAGACUAUGAUAAAUUAUCGUCGCAGGUAGCAUAAUUGUUUAGAAUUUUUGCGUGGGAAAGAUGAAUGAAAUCCAUAUUUACUUUUUUAAAGUCAUAGCUUAUCAUCUCUGGAAUAUAGAGCGCAUUAAAAGAGCCAUGACAUGAUAUCUGAACCUUUUUUUUUAUGCACUAGAGUGCCUUUAAAUCAAAGGGAACCGCAAACAAAGGGAAAACAUAAUUUCCCAGAUGACGAACUUGGAAAGUCCCGACUAAAUCUAAGAAGACGUGUGAGUCUUAGCACAACGUUAACUUUUGGUGAUUUCUUUCUGCGCGACGCAUAAGAAGUCAUGGAUUCAGCAGCAAGUGGAAGUUGAUAGAGUUUUCAGAAUACCGAAGACCAAUUGGUUUCCUUAAUUCUAAAUUUAUUGGAUAAAAAAGCCUAAGAGUCUGUGCUAGUUGCACCUAUGCCCAGCUGUACAAAGCUCUUUUUAUUUAUUUAUUUUUUUUUCGGAAAGAAAAACCCGGUGACAUCAAUAUGAUUUCUAUCGCGGAACAUUACACCUGUAUGCGUGGCAAACAUUUACCAAAGGACGUUAAUAGUAUCCAGUUUCAGCAGGGAGGGCUGGAAGCGUAUACGAAAUAGUACUCUCCAAACCUAAGUCAUUACCAGAUGUUUCUUUUCUCAUUCUCGAUUCUUCAUUUGUUUUAAAAGUCCAUUCAAAAUUAAAAGGCAAAAUAAUGAAAAUUGAGUAUGUUUCGAUAGUUGCAGUUGGAGCUAUUUGUUUAGUCCCGUUGUCAAUCGAAUUCUUCCUUUGGUUAUCAGGAUCAUUGGUAGAAUCAAAUCUUCCUUGAAACAAGAGAAGCAGAUGCAUCCAUUUGUUUGCUUGUUAUGUCUAAAAACGGAAGACUCUCUCAAAAUAAACGUUAUGUGGCCAAGAUCUUUCUAUAGCCGCGACUGUGCGUUUGAUCUGGGAUAUUGAUAAGAUAAGGAAAGCGGUGAGCUCUAAGACUCAUCGUCUAACCACAAAAAGUCACCGUCGCGGAAAAGGCUAUAGUAAUUUGAUAUAUGGGUUUUAGGUGACGCAUCCAUUGAGAGUGUAAUUGCCUGAACAAAAUCUACAACACUUUGAUCUUGAAAGGAUCAGUCGAGGGACGUAGGCAAAGGGAAUUUCCAUAAUAAUCACCAGACAUAAAGUUUUCCAUCUCAAUUUCAUUACUAUCACUGUGCAAGAGCUCCGGCUCGCACAAUAUAAAACGUUUGUCACAUGAGCCUGGUUUUAAAGUUCAUUUACCAUCAGUCUUAUAUAGCUCUGUGCUAGAGAGACUGGGUAACAAAAAUAGGUCGUACUUUUAGUUGGUAUUAGGAGUAAGUUAUGACUAAAUUUUUCCUCCUUGAAUGAUGCCCUCAAUCAAGAACGCAGAGGGUUUUUGAGCCACCAUAUGCUUGAAUUUGAUUUAAUUCCGUGUGGCCUGCAUAAUGACCUCUCUCUUACUUCCACCAUUAAUAAUCUUUAAGUACGUUUAUACUUAUAAAAGUUUUAUAAUUGUUGCAGCUGACUUUGUAUAAAAAAAACCGACGGACGCAAAAGUCAACAAGGCGCUCCAUCAAGCAGUCAGUUCCCCUGUGAAAUAUCAUGGGAUCCAUCAUGAGCAUAGCUUUCUUUCUGUAGCACUAUCCUUUUAUCAAAGUAUCACAUUCAGGCUUAGUUAUUCUCUUUGCCCUAAACGUUAUUUGGUUGAAGGUCUUCGCCGGGUGUUGGAUGCUUUGAGCGAGUGGGUGACACCCUGCUCAAGGGGUAACGUCUUCGUGAUUUUCUGCAUUGUUUGCUGUUACUUCUUAGCUAUUGCACUUUUCACCUGUUCCCUUUAAAGAGCUCCUUUCCUAUUGUAGAUACAGCCCAUCUGAACUUUGCAUUUCAGUUUUCAUUUACUCACCCUGAAAAAAUCUCAGGACCCGGUGUGCUUUUUCGUCUUCUACUUUAUGUUCUUCUGUGAUUGAUCCACAGGGAAUAUCGCAUAUUCGUUUAUUUGAAAAUUUCGGAUAAAGGCCCCGAGUGUCGCAUAUGUACUUACUUAAACUUCAUGAAAAUUCCUGAGAAGUCUGACAAUCGUCCUUAAAGAAGAUGCGUAUUAAGUUAUCAAUGAGCUUUUUCAUGGGGUGUUUCUUGCAAAAUUACUUCAACUUUAACAUCGAGACAGUCAGGCAAUCAGCUUCCUAGCUUCUAGUAACUUCGAUACCUUUGUUAAGUCAAAUGACAGCCUUUGAGAGACCCUCAAUUGUGAUUUGUAUGACUACUGAUUCUCUUUACUUGGGAAAAAUGAUUUGUGAAAAUUAAGCUUUAAGUUUCACUCAUACUUUCACCAGUCCUCUCCAAUCUAUUUUGAAUUCCCGGCCUUUGUGACCCUUUAAGAGGCAGUCCAAAAACGGCUUCUACCCUUUCUGUGAACCGUUAACAAAUUACAAAUGUGCAGAUUCGGGUACCUUCCCGAUCAAUUCACUUCUUUAAUUAAAUGUUCCAAAACAAUCUUUCCAUCAAUCAUAUGCGUUCAAAUACUAAAUUUUCCCUAAGCCGAAUGAAUUUUUAAUCAGAAUAUGUGGUUUUAGAUAAUCCGAUAAUCCAAGUCUUUAUAAUCAUCUAUUCAAGAGGAUAUCCAUAUUCUCUUGUCUAUUGGAUGGAGUCAUUUUUGCCCAACACAAAGAUCGACUCGUUGGUUCAUUUUUGCGCGAAAAUGAUUAAGUUUGUAUUCCGUAAUUUGUGCGGAGGUUCAAAGCUGUCAUGCAAGACGUAUAAGUGUAAAUAUCAUAAGAAAUAACCAUAUCAAACAAACGAAACCUUUCCAAACUCCAUAUGAAAACAGCCAAAAUUUCAAAUGGCUUAAAUCAAUAAUGAAUGACUGUCUCAAAGACCACUGACAACCUGGAUGUGCCGCUCAAGUAACUUUAUCUGCUUUCUGUUUUGCAAUAAGAGUCAAUUCUAAGUCAUGUUCGCAUUUCUUGCGCUCUUAACGCACGACACUUCGGAGCAUGGAUAAAAUUGGAGUUGGAACUCAUAUUUAGUUACAGGCUUGAUAAGAGGUACUUGUUUGCUUUUCCGGCAUCUGCAUUUAUCGGGAAAGUGACAAAUUUUCUGAGGAGCGGUUUAUAAUGAGGAAAUAAAUUGCGUCCCAAAGAGAACCAGAAAGAUUCAUUGUAUGAGGAUACAAGAGUGAAAAAAGAGUUUGGAAAAAAUGCCUAAAAAGUAAGCAACAGUAAAUUAUUUGUUAAAGGCUGCUUAAUGAAAGUUUCUGAAGGAUAAGCUGUAUAGAGGACCUAAUAUUAUGUAAAUGCGGAUAUCGUUAAGCCAUACAUCGCUCAUAGAUAUUGAGCGGAAUCAUUUCAGGGAUACAAAUGAAACUUGGAAGAAUAUCACAUGAAUUUUAUCUGAACUAUCGCAGCGGGAGAAAAAAAAAACCAUCUGAUCGGUAAGUGAUGGAGAGAGUAUUUCGGAGACAGCAGUUACUGAGGAUAAAGAUCAAUCUCUCCACCAAAAUUGUUUCAAGUUGAAACUGUAACAAAUUAAAAAGUGAAUCUAUGGUGAAAGAGAGAUGUCAUGACAAUAAUUUCAAUGUCUUUUGUAUACGUUUCUUGUGUUUAUUUUCUAUUUGUGAUAUUACGUGGCUGAGUUGAUUUUAAUUAGUGGGUUUCCGCAGAACUUUUUUUGUUUUUGCACUCUGCUGUGGCUAUCAAAAAGCAAUGGUCAAACCCAGAGUCAUUCAUUUUCAAUUUAUUUCCUCAGAAUUUCCUUCAGGGAUAAAGCCAAAUUGCGUGCGUGCAAUACUUUUUUAAAUAUAUUUCCUUCCUGCAGUCCGCUCCUCUAUAACAUUCAGGUGACGUGGGAAAUAAAAUUGAAAUAAAUGUCAAUUUUGUGGGCCUUUUGGCUGCAUUAGCGCCUUUCCCGCAAAAUGACAUUGAAGCCACAUUUCGAUAAAUGCUAAAAUACACAAAUAUUCAAUUUAUGGUAAUUACCUUCCAUCGAACGAAAGAAGCUCGUGACAGGUAAUAAAAAAAUGUCUUCGAUCACUCAAAUGUGGUUGCAUAUCGCGCGGCGCUGAUUUAAUGAAAACUGCAACUGAGAAGGCCACAUGUUAUAAAAGGCUGAACUUUAAGGAAAAGGUUUCAUGGUGAGAGCUACUAAAGUGGCAACGAACCUGUUGUAGAUGGUGACCCUCGAUGCACAGCAGAGGGGAAGACCUUGACAUUAAUAUUGUUCGACAAAUUGUGUAGCUGUUUGAAAUCCACUUUGAGCACCGAUAGCAAGAUAAUAAAGCUGCGGUUCGACGAAGAGAUUGAGCAAGAAUUAAAAGAUUGUAAUUAAAAAAAUUGAAACAAUUCAAUUAUGUUAUAGGAAGCAAGCAUACGUUGAGUCUGAGCAAUCGGGGUGUAACAGCGCGAUAAAGAACGAUAUGUUCACUCGCAUUGAUAUGUUGAGCUUCAAUUUUGUCACAAAGAAAAUCAUUUUAGCCGAACAGCCUUUAGUAUUCUUUCUGUGGGCAUAGAGGUAACAGAAAAGUGUCCUCUCUGGAAUGAAUAGAUAAUUCUGCCCUCAAUAAACCAAUUACUGUCACUGUAAUAUUUCUGAAAAAAAAAUUGUAGAUCUUGGACAGAUAUGAACACAGCGAUUGGCAUAGAAUUUGAUCAAUUAGUUUAGUUGCUAAAAGUCAUAAGUGGCAAAGUCUCACCUCCUGUGUGGCGACAAUUCUUAUCUUAGAGUGCCAAAACAUUUAACGCAAGGUUUAUCUUCCUUUCCGAAUAAAUAUUUCAGUAAUGUCAAUUGAACUUAUUUCAUUUACCGGCUACAAUAGAGAGACCACUAGCAAAGAUUAAAACAUUAAAUUAGAUUUUUUUUUCUGGAGAAGAGAGAAUGCCACAAAUACUGAAUUUGAGCAGUGUUUCAAAGAAACGCAAUUAAUUCGCGCAAUUACAACGGCGAAAUUAUCGGAGAACUUCAAGCUGUGUAAAAGGAUCUUUAAAACCAAAACAGAGAGAAAAGAUGAAACAUAAAUAAGAAUAAAAUUCAAGAUUAAUUGAAGUGCUGUGUUUCCCACGAUAUUAGCUCGAGUCAGAGAUAAGCUCUCUACGAGAUGAAAUUCAAUUUUAAACUGAACUGAUUCGAUUACACCACUGUCAUGGAUGGUUAUGCAUAAUUCAUCGUCUUGUGUCAGUUAGUCAUUAAAUCUAUGCAAUUAAUUUUUCCUAGACGCACGACUUUUCGUAAAAUUACAGCAUGACUCCUGCUUCUACGAGGUGUUUACGGUAUUUUUUUCUAGAUAUUUCAUAGUGGUUCGAAACUCAAAAAGCUUGGUAUUCAAGCGCUUAAAUACAAACAUUAAUCUUUUUAUUGAGCCCUUCGCUAGAUAUCCAAUGCGGAAACACGAAGGAAAUAGCCUAAGAAGAUGACGUUGAAGAAAAUCGAAUACAGCCUUCAGAUUGGCUGAUGUUGGGGAAAAGCUGAAGCCGUGAAAUCUCAUUGGUCUUUGUCUUGAGUGCUUGUCAAUUGUAAAAAGACAGUUGUUCUUUGCAAGCGAAAGAGAUUACAAGCGAUUAUAAGGACCUCAGGGAAGCCAGCGAAUUUCAAUUGUUCUGAUGUUCCAUACCAGGUGAAAGACAAAGUAAACAUCGCAGUUGGAGAGCAUAUUCGCUUAAAAUCUGUGGUUUUAAAAGUCCGCCCUCAUACAGAACCAUCUUGGUAUGUGGUGAGACCAUAGAAUAUUAACACGAUCUAUCCGUUUCUUCGAAGAAGAUUAGUUGAAGGUUUUAGGGGCGAGAAAACUGACACUGCGUGAGUAAACUUGGAUUGGUUGUAACCGGCAGUUUUGGAUACAAUGUUCGCAGCUAAUCAAAACACAUCGAUCGCAGACAGAGCAAACAGCGGUUUAAAUGUCACAUCGAACGACUACGGUCUUAUUCUUGAAGAUCUGUAUCCCGUCGUUGGUGUUUUAAUAUGCACUGUCGGUUCCAUUGGCAAUUUUGCUGUUCUCUUCGCCUUCUUAACACAGCGUAAGCUAAGGACAAAACUCAACUGCUUUCUGGCAAGUUUAGCAUUUUCGGAUAUCUUACUCAUGGGCAUAACUGUGCCUCUGGAAUUGGAGUACCAUAUUCGAGCGAAGUUUAUUCACGGCGUUGUCAUUUGUGAUCUUAUGUACACCAUCCAUUUUCUAGCUUUGUCCUCUUCAUCGCUCAAUCUAUUAGCGGUCAGCGUCUACCGCUAUAUUACUAUUGCAUACCCGUUUUCAGCAAAACUAGCUCAGCCAAUUCACAUCGUGGCAUCAAUAGCUGUUCUUUGGCUGUAUGCUGUGAUUACGGCUCUUCUACCCCUGAUGGGCUGGCGGUCAGGACCAUCCUCAAUUAAAUACAACCUUUGCGUGUUUAUGAUUGAAGAAGAAUACGUAAUGUUCAUCCUCACAGUCAACUGGGUGCUACCGGCGGUGAUUGUUCUUAUUCUUUACGUCAUGAUCUUCCGCAUCGCCAGAAUUCAUGCCAUCAAGAUAGCAAAACAGCAAGUCCUCAGAGAGUAUGAAAGAAUUCGCAGCCCUCUUUUCAAAUGCGCAAAAACAUUAGGGAAAAUAGCCAUCGUGUACUUGAUAUGCUGGAUUCCAUAUGUUACUAAAACCAUCCUUUUGCUAUUGUAUGGCCCCUCAGUUCCCAAAGCGAUAUCCCUGAUCUUCGUUUUAUUCUAUUACGCAAACUCAGCAAUCAAUCCGUUUCUCUACGCUGGGCUUUGCACAGAUUUCCGAGAGGUGUUCAGCGAAUGCGCAAGAAAGGUAUACAAUAAACUCUCUCUACUUUGCCGAAGGGUCUCCGCAUUUGUUCACUCAGUGGUAUCAUCUCUCUGUUCCGAUUCCAGUCGGACUGGAACACAUGCAACAGAGCGUUCUCGACUUCGCUGUUCUCGGAAACGUGCUCGCACACGAUCUAGAAGUUCAUCUCAGCAACCAUCCGUUGCGACUUUCGUUUAA